AUGGCAAGAAGAUAUGAUCAAAGAACAACAAUUUUUUCACCAGAAGGUCGUGUUUAUCAAGUAGAAUAUGCAAUGACAGCAAUUAGACAUGCAGGUGCAACAGUUGGUAUUUUAGCAAAAGAUGGUAUUGUUUUAGCAGCAGAGAAAAAGACCACAGCAAAACUUUUAGAUUCAUCAACAUCAAUCUCUGAAAAGAUGUUUAAGAUUGAUGAACAUGUUGUUUGUGCAGUCGCUGGUAUCACAUCCGAUGCCAACAUUUUAAUCAAUUAUGCAAGAUUAUCAUCACAACGUUUCUUUUAUCAAUAUCAAGAACCAAUGCCAGUCGAACAAUUGGUCUCUCAAAUUUGUGAUACAAAACAAGGUUACACUCAAUAUGGUGGUUUACGUCCAUUUGGUGUCUCAUUCCUUUAUGCUGGUUGGGAUCGUCAUUAUGGUUUCCAAUUAUAUCAAUCUGAUCCUUCUGGUAAUUUUGCUGGUUGGAAAGCUACCUCAAUUGGUGGUGAAAAUAGUCAAGUUGCACAAUCAGUUUUAAGAUCAAAUUAUAAACCAGAUAUUUCAUUAAAAGAAGCCCUUCAAUUGGCUCUCAAAGUUUUAACAAAAACUAUGGAUCGUUCAAAUAUCAACAGUGAAAAAUUAGAAUUCUCUUAUUUCACUAAACAAGGUGACAAUGUUGUUUAUCAUAUUUUUACUGCAGCAGAAUUAGAUGCUUUCAUUAAAGAAACUGAUCUCGAACAAGAAACUGAAGAUAAUUAA